UAUUAAAGUGUGGAACUUAAGGAGAAAUACCAAGAGGUGUUCCAUCUCUGGUGUAGUUUUAUGGACAGCCUUAAUUCUACAGCGUAAUUGUAUUAAUUAGUCUCAAGUUACAUAAUUAUUAUUUACUUAAAUAUCGAUGAAAUUAUGAUUUUUUUUAACGGAGGUCUUGGAGGUAGGAACUGAAUAAGUUGAGUUAUAAUUAAAGAGCUAAUUUAUUUGGGAUGGUUAGUACUCGCAAGACGGUGUGGAUGAAGCGAGAAUACUUAAAAGUUGUUAGCCACCACAUGUCGUCUCUUGCUGGAGGAAAGACGAAGGGAGGAUAAGAAAUUCUGUAUAUUUCAGUGGAGCCCAGUCAGUUGGUAGGAAGGACAGAUCGCCAGUCGAGUCGAUGUUUGCUUGUCAGAACGCGUGUCUGUUUCCGUUGUUUUCCGACAGGUGAAACAGUGAAAAUGAAAAGAAGUUGUGGUCUGGGAGUUGUCGCUCAAUGAAGGUUUGGUGGUUGGCACAUGCGUAGUGUUCAGUUACUGCAUGAAUUGUUAAAGAGAGCGAUAGAAUUGGUCCAAGGUUAUGUUUCUAACACACGGCGUAAAAGUAAUCGUGAAGAAGUUUUAACAAGACACUACUUUCUUAGGAAGUUUGGCUUGGACAUUAAAGUAAUAAUAUGGUGCCGAGAUUGAGAGUGAGCUGAGGUUUCCAACCAUACCAUGUCACUUAGAUGGUUGUGUACAUAGUGUAAGAUGAAUCUAGAGUGCAGUGAUUUUGUGUUUUGAUUUACGUAGUAUUUUCAGAACUUAAGUUUGCAGAUAAAACCCAUACGUACACCGUAUUCCUUUUAGUGGGAAUUACCGUGUUGUGUUAACUAUGUCACGUAAGAUGUCUUUUUGCCUUAUCACACGUGUUUGUGUUUAAGCCAAUGCGGUGUGUGUCUGUGCCUGCUAACCUGCUUUUGUCAGUAUUGUAUAAUAGACACGAAAGUGAAGUGCUUUCACAAAAGUGGUCAUUUCCGAAUUAACAUGUUAAGAAGUGGUUACUGACGUGACGUCAUGUUGAAAUUUUGCCAUGGCGGGAGCGGACGUCGUAGAGAAUACGCGGUGAAUCCUGGCAGCAAGGCGGCGCAGAAGGGUGUCCGAGAGGGAGACGUCAUAUCGUCCAUCAACGGACAGUCCACUCGCAAUAUUACCAACAGCGACGCUCAUGCCCUCUUGCGGAACGCCGGCCAAACUCUUCAUCUGGGCCUCAACGAGGAAUGCAGUGGCUCACCCAAGCGACGUAUUCACAGAAACAUUCAGCAAGAAUCGAAGUCGGAAUGUGUGAAACGGUCUUCCGCCACCAAGACGACGACGACGACGUCAACUACUGUGCGGACCGCGUCGGCGUCUCUGAACUGCAGCACGGAUGCCAACUGUAACAGUCAGAUCCCGACUAAAGGAGACCUCAAGGACGGGCAGAAUGGGGGCGUGAAGGAGAGCUCCACUGUUUCCACAACAGACUCGAAAGGACAGCGUCGCCGUCGAAGACAACAGAGCACACCUCAGUCUCAGCUGCCUGAAGACACGAUCACAGACACACGUAAGGCAAGCAAGGUAUCGCGCAGUGUGACGUCAUCAGAAGGUACUGGUAGCAAGUCGCGCAGGCGCAGAAGAUCUAGAGGAAACAGCAGACGGAAGUGUCGCGCGGGGAACGCUCUCGUUGUCGAAAGUGACGUUUCAGGAACGGAACAGAAGGCGGAAGAACUAGAUAAGGAGAUGUCCACGACGGAACCUGAAACGGACGCAACGAUGUCAGAUAUUGGCGGGAAAGCUGAAGGUGAUAACGCUCACAGAGGCGAAACAUCUGAGGUUGAAACAGAGGAUGUUGUCACUGAAAAGCUACUAAUCACGGAAGAAGUUUCGUCCGUUCAUAUUAAGGAGAGUGUCCGUGAAAUUGUUCAUGAAAACAGAUUGUCAGCAGGAGGUUCGUCUUCAGAAGUUGGUGACAAUGCAAAUGACGCGUCACUUGCUAUUGGGAAGGGAAGUGUACUGGAAGGUACUCGAAAGGAAGACGUAUCAAGAGCUAUUUUGAACUGUAACAAAGGCGAGAAAGCUGUACCACUUGUAGAUGUAAAGUCGACUUGCAGAUUAGGAAUAAAAAAGGAACAAUUUUCUUUUGAAGGUAAACUAUCUGAUGAGAUUAGAAACACACGAACCGGAAAUGUACAGGUGUCUGAAAGACGUACUAUUUUGAGAGGUAAUGUUGAACAGGAAAUGACCGAAAUUGAUAUUAGAUUGAAGAAAAGUUUACAAGUCCAGGAAAUUGAUCAGGGAAAGAAAUCGAAUGUAGACGUUGGCUCAGAAGCUUCAAACACUGGAAAUGUGAUAGACGUUCAUCACCAGAAGGAUGUUACGGAAGUUGACAUAUCGAUUAUUGGUCGAGGAGAAAACGAAAAUAAAAUAAAUGAAGAUGAGGAUAAAUGUGAAAAGUCAGAAAUUUCUUCAUGUAUGGCAGCCUGUGAAAAUGUUUUGUUGUCAGAUGGCAAACAUGUACGGGGAAGUAGUGCGGACAGGACUGAGUUUUUGAUUGAGGAUGGAAAACGGAACUGUUGCCGCGAAACAGCGGAAUACUCUUUGAAAUCGGGAGUGCCGAGUUCAGAAUUAAAAGACCGGAGAUAUGUCACUGUAGUGAAAGCUGUGGACAUCUCAGACAUGAAGACUGACCAUAGUAAUGUUGCUGAAGAGCAGAAUAGUAUAACUGGUGAUAAAAUAGAAGAUUCGAAUUUUUACAGCAAAGCAAUAGAAUGUAAUGUAUCACUUUCCGAUAAUGACAUUAUAAACUUACAGUGUGCAAAAGAAUUCGGUUUAUCCGAUGAAUGCCCCAAUAGUCGACGUUCUCCUGCUGAUUCAGUGACAGUGGAAGAACUUAUAUCACCCGGCAAUCAUCAGGACGUUGAGGAAAUCACAGAUGGUGUAAACUUUCGCGGAACUGUUUCGGACGUUUUGAUGAAGACGACAGGUGGAAUUGGAAAGAACUCUUGUAAUUCCGAAAUUUAUGGUCAUGAACAAGGUGAAUUUUCAUCGGAAAGUUCAGUUUCCGAAGAUUCUAAUUAUGUGAGAAAACAUGUCGAAUGCAGUGAUGUGACUGAAGUAUGUAGCACAAAGGCAGAUGCGAGUCGAGAUGACGAUGUAGCAGGGCCUUUUGCGUCGGGCGACGUCAGGACAUCAGGAAGAAAUUCACAGCCGACGCUAUGCGCUGAUGUGAACGGUGACGCAGAAGUCACACUUUCAGUUAAAAGCGACAUUGCCUCCGUAGAUGAGAGUGUAGUUCGGGUUUCAGAAGUCUCUGCAGAGAUAACGGAUCGCAGGCCUUUGCCUCAACAGAAAAAAACAUGUCUCAUUUCAGAACAGUCCUCGCCGGAGUGCAAGGCUGUUGUGUUGGAAGCAGUGGGAGACGAGGUGUGGGAAGAAGUGGUAGAACUGCCCUCCACAGGAACAUUUCGCGAGGAUGAUAGACUUUCGGAAGGCGUAGUGCCGGGUGGAGAUGAAAGACGUCGCCUCAUGACGAAUAGUCCUGUCUUAGUACAAAAUACAAAACUGUCUCAGGAAGAUAAGGAACUGUUGGAUCCACGUCCUCUGGUUGAUGCAGAGGAUGAGGAAACCCUGAGGCGUUUCAUCCACAGCCUCAAUCUGGCGGAUUACAGUAAAGAAGCAGUUCGAGCUAGAAGUGUCAUUUUGAAAGAUGGUAGCACGAUAGAAGAGAUGUACGCGGCAAGAAGGGGAAGGCGACGAGCGCCUUUGGAGUCUUACUGCAGUCUGCAGAGGGGACUGGAUGUGAUCCUAGAAGAGAAUAGCAGUGACUACAGUGACGGCGAGAAGCUGGUGGAAGGGGCAAGGUGGUGGUAUGGGCAAUGGGGAAAGUGUCUGUCGUGUUUACCAGAGGAUAGAAAACGAAUCGAGGCGUGUGACAACGCGAAUUAUUUCCGAAGAGGUUAG